GCGUCAAGAUGGCCGCCACCAGCUGGGCAGGGGUCUGGCUCCCAUCCCGCGGCCGCCUUCCCGCCAGGCGCCCGCUGCUGCGAGUUGCUCUCUGCCUCCUGUGCUGGGGCCCGGCGGCUGUGGGCGCCGUCCCCGAGCUCGGGCUCUGGGCAGCGACGAUCAAUGACAAAUCAGGACCUUUGAUAUUUAGGAAAACUAUGUUUAACUCUACUGAGAUCAAGUUUUCUGUUAAGUCAUUCAGUUGCUCUGGGCCUGUGAAGUUUACCAUAGUGUGGCUUUUGGAACAUCAUACCUGUUACAAUGAAUAUCCUAAGCUGGAAGAGCUGUCACAAAAACAUGAACUUAGUGUCAGUGAAGACUUUUGUGGUCAUUAUUUCAAGAACAGCGAAUGUUGGACAACAAAACAUGAAAACUUAGAUUGCAACAGUGGUUUACAGCUGUUUACCUCAUUGAAUAAUAAAGAACUAACAACAAAUACCGGAAAUGUUACAAACCAGGAAGGGUCAGAUGUUGUAGCCAAAACACAGAGAGAUGGGUUUCAUAUCUUUAUUGUUUCUAUUAAAACAGAAAAAACAGAUGCAAGCUGGAAUUUGAAUGUUUCUCUUUCUAUGAUGGGGCCUCAUGGAUAUAUCUCUGCAUCAGAUUGGCCUCUGAUGAUUUUCUACAUGGUGAUGUGUAUCGUUUAUAUCUUAUAUGGCAUACUCUGGCUGAUGUGGUCUGCCUGCUAUUGGAAAGAUAUAUUAAGAAUCCAGUUCUGGAUUGCAGCUGUUAUUUUCCUGGGAAUGCUUGAAAAAGCAGUUUUUUAUGCUGAAUACCAAAACAUCAACAGCACUGGGUUAUCAACCCAGCGUUUACUGAUCUUUGCGGAGUUGAUAUCUGCGAUUAAGAGGACGCUGGCUCGCCUCCUGGUGAUCAUUGUGAGCUUGGGAUACGGCAUUGUGAAGCCUCGUCUAGGAACAGUCAUGCACCGGGUCAUCGGACUGGGGAUCCUUUACUUUAUCUUUGCGGCUACUGAAGGCGUGUUAAGAGUCAUUGGGGGUUCUAACCAUUUAGCUGUUGUAUUUGGUGACAUUAUUUUAGCCGUUAUUGACUCCAUUUUUGUAUGGUUCAUUUUUAUAAGUUUGGCACAAACUAUGAAGACUCUAAGGCUAAGAAAGAACACAGUGAAAUUUUCUUUGUACAGGCACUUUACAAAUACCCUGAUCUUUGCCAUAAUGGCAUCUGUAGUGUUUAUGGUGUGGACAACUAAGACAUUUAGAAUUGCAAAAUGUCAAUCAGAUUGGAUGGAACGCUGGGUUGAUGAUGCAUUUUGGAGCUUCCUUUUUUCCCUUAUCCUUAUUGUAAUAAUGUUUUUGUGGAGACCAUCAGCAAAUAAUCAGAGAUAUGCCUUCAUGCCCUUAAUAGAUGAUUCUGACGACGAAAUUGAAGAAUUCAUGGUAACAUCUGAAAAUUUAACUGAAGGAAUAAAAUUAAGAGUCUCAAAAACGGUUUCCAAUGGAACAGCUAAACCUGCUACUUCUGAUAAUUUUGAUGAAGAUUUGAAGUGGGUGGAAGAAAACAUUCCCUCUUCAUUCACAGAUGUAGCUCUUCCAGUAUUAGUGGAUUCAGAUGAGGAAAUUAUGACCAGAUCUGAAAUGGCAGAAAAAAUGUUCUCUUCAGAAAAAAUAAUGUGAUUGGAACCCACAUAAAUGAAGCUUACGUCACAGUGAAGGACUUCCUCAAGACUAAAAGAGAACUCUGUUUUGAUAUAGUACAAUAAGUUUUCAUUGCAUGAUCUUGGAAAUCUAUGUACUAAAAAUAAGAAUUCAGAUGGUGGGAGGGUUCUGCAGCCCUUAUUAAGCUGACUCUUGAAUGCCAGUUUAAUGUCCAUUAAAUUGCCUAGACUUGGCAAUGACCUGAGAGAAGUAUUAUAAUAAAGACAGGUGCCCAAAUGCCCUUAGCUGAUGGGUGGCAGGCGUGUGGGUUUGGGUUCUCUUUUUUUUUUCCUGGGAAAUAUGACAAUUUAAAACACUUUUUUUU